AUGUCUGUGGCAAAUGUGCCUCCAGUGCCCCAAGAGGCAUACGAUGAUGGUCUUUUUAUACAAGAACUUGCACCAAUCCGAGGCACUCUUGUUGGAUCCUUUUUUGUUGCUGUGAUCCCGCUACUUGUUGUGUUGCUGUUUCUUGGAGCAUUUCGAUUGCCAGCACACUUUGCAUCAUUAUCCGGUCUCAUUGUCUGUAUUUUCAUAGCCAUCUUUGGAUUCCACAUGCCAGCACAACAAGCUUUCCAAUCCAUCGGCAAUGGUAUCGUCUUUGCCAAUUGGCCCAUCAUGUGGAUUGUUGUUAAUGCAAUGUUUGUGUAUAACAUUGCUGUACGUUCCGGUGCUUUUGAUAUUUUCCGGCGAUGGAUUGUCACAAACACACCACCUGAUCAACGUGUCUUGUUACUCGUUAUUGGAUUUGCUUUUGGCGCAUUGUUAGAAGGCGUUGCCGGUUUUGGUACACCAGGCGCUAUUUGCUCCGCCUUGAUGUCCUCCUUAGGCUUCGAUAAGGUCGACGCACUCACCUACACGCUCAUUUUUGAUACAACACCUGUUGCAUUUGGCGCACUUGGUAUUCCAGUGACCACAUUGGCCAACCUCACCGGAUUGCCUGUGAUGAGUUUGUCAGCUAUGAUGGGUCGUCAACUACCAUUUGUCAGCGUGUUUUUGCCGUUGUAUGCUAUUACAUUCUUUGCAGGCUUCAGGGCAGGAUUAUUAGAAUGUUGGCCUGCAGCUGUGGUGGCUGGUGUUUCCUUUGCUGCUAUUCAGGCUAUAUUUGCCAAUUGGGUGGGACCGGAGCUCCCCGAUUUGAUUGCCGGUUUGGUAGCAAUGAUCGCUCUUGUCGUUUUUCUCCAAUACUGGAAACCACCCUAUCGUGCCGAAUUUGCAUGCACGUAUACACCUACUCGGCCUGCUAAUGAUGAGGAAUCCAAAGCUGCCGAAAAAAAUCAGGAACAACAACAACAACAAGAGGAUGUUCAAGAUGGAGCCAAGGGUGACAAGACCCAAGUAACAUACGAUGAUCAUCCUCACGACGCUGUUGCUGGUAGCAGUGGUGGUGAUAGCAUAAACAGCAACAGCAACAAGGGAGUGGAUGGCGUAUCUCCAUCACCCAUCACCGAGCUGGCUAAACCCACUCUAUUGGAAUCCAUUGUUGCUUGGAGUCCUUGGGUGAGCAUCAUUGUCGUGGUUAUCAUCUGGUCUUUUGUCAAGGUCCCUAGUUAUGGUGCAAUCCAUGUCUUAUGGCCACAGCUUCACGAACGUGUAUGGCUGACGUUGUAUGGCGAACGAUAUGCAGCAGCCUGGGAUUUCCAACCCCUUGCCACAGGCACUGCCAUCUUGGUUGCCAAUGUCCCAUUCACGUGCAUUGUACUUUUACAUGGCGCUAAGCCUAAAGUCAUUCCUCAAGCCCUAUGGGACACUGUCAAACAACUUUGGUUGCCUAUCCUCACCGUGUCAUUCAUUAUGGCUCUCGCUUACCUUUAUAACUAUUCGGGUAUGGUGUACACUAUUGGUCUUACCUUAUCGUCGGUGGGCAACGCAUUCCCGUUUUUGUCAGCGUGGCUAGGUUGGUUGGCAUGCUUCUUGUCAGGUAGUGAUACCUCGGCCAAUUCGCUCUUUGGUAACCUACAAGUGGUUGCUGCUCGUCAAAUUGGCUUAUCGGCUGUGCUGAUGGCAUCCACCAAUUCCAGUGGUGCAGUGACAUCCAAAAUGAUUUCACCCCAAAACUUGACUACCGGUGUCUCUACCUUGGGCAUGCAAGGAAAGGAAGGGUAUAUCUUCCGACGUACGGUCCUUCACUCCAUUUUCAUGUGUGCCAUUAUGGGUGCUAUUGCCAGUAUCCAACAAUUUGGCACACCUGGUAUCAUCCCUCCUGGUGAUGAGGUGCUACCACCUGUUGCUUAG